UAUUAGCAUUGCUUGAAAGGCAAGUACUUCUCCCAUCUCAUAAAUCGUCUUCACUCUUCACCUAUUACCACUCCAUUUCUAUCUCUCCCCAAAUUCAUCUCUCCUUUGACGUCUUUAUUUUCUUCUCCUUCCUUCGUUUCUUCCCUGAACCCAAAACCCGUAAGACAAAUCAAUAGAUCAACAGAAACGAAGAACUAGAGACAAAGAGAGGGGGGGGGGGGGGGAGAGAGAGAGAGAGAGAGAGGCAGGCGUCUCUCUUUUGUCUGAUUCAAAAAGUGUGUAAGUUUGAAGCAUAUAUAGGAACCGAGAUGUCGGAUAUGGAGGUUCAGAUUACUGAUUCACAAGAACCAGAAGUUCCUGCCAUCUUUAAGAAGGCCGACUGUACCGUUACGCUCAAGUUUGAAGACGUUGUGUUCAGGAUCAAAAAGCAAAAAGGAGGAUUCCUUGGUACUAGAAAAAACUCCAUAACCGAAGAGAGAAUGAUCUUGAAGGGUGUAACUGGUGUGGUAUCACCGGGCGAGAUGUUAGCCAUGUUAGGUCCUUCAGGUAGUGGCAAAACGACCCUCUUGACUGCAUUGGGUGGCCGACUUGGUGGACACCUUGGAGGAACCAUAACAUACAAUGGCGAGCCUUUCUCCAACUCAAUGAAGAGAAACACUGGUUUCGUCACGCAAGACGAUGUGCUCUAUCCUCACCUCACUGUUAUUGAGACCCUUGUUUUCACUGCUCUUCUACGUCUUCCCAACAGCCUUAGCAGAGAAGAGAAGGUCAUGCAUGCGGAAGCGGUCAUAACUCAACUUGGCUUGACUUGCUGCAAGAACAGCAUCAUAGGAGGACCAUUAUUGAGAGGUGUUUCUGGGGGAGAACGUAAAAGGGUCAGCAUUGGGCAAGAAAUGCUAAUCAACCCAAGCCUAUUGUUUCUAGAUGAACCUACAUCAGGGCUUGACUCAACAACGGCUCAGCAAAUUGUGUCCACAUUGUGGGAGCUUGCAGAAGGUGGAAGGACAGUGGUGAUGACCAUUCACCAGCCUUCAAGCAGGCUGUAUUACAUGUUUCAUAAGGUUUUGCUGUUGUCAGAGGGUAAUCCUUUAUAUUUCGGAAACGGGGUUGAAGCUCUGGAUUACUUCUCCAGCAUUGGUUACACCAAUUCUGUUGCCAUGAACCCUUCGGACUUCCUUCUUGAUCUUGCAAACGGUGUUUCUUCGGAUAAUAGUGAGGAGGACAAAUUAGCUGUGAAGCAGGAUUUGAUCUCUGCUUACAAGAGCAAACUUGCUGAUAAAUUAAAGGCAGAAUUAAAUGAAACGAGCAAUCAGCUCUCAGAUGGUACAAGGCAUAAGCAAUUUGGUCGAUGGUGCACGACUUGGGGGCAGCAGUUUUCAGUGUUGCUUCAUAGGGGACUAAAAGAGAGGAGGCAUGAGUCCUUUUCAGGCAUGAAAAUCGGUCAAGUGUUGGUUGUUGCUUUCCUUUCAGGGCUUCUAUGGUGGCAAUCUAGUGACCACUUACAGGAUCAGAUUGGGCUACUUUUUUUUUACUCUGGGUUUUGGGGCUUCUUCUCUCUGUUCCAGGCUAUAUUCACCUUCCCCCAAGAGCGCAUGAUGCUCACGAAAGAGAGAUCUAGUGGGAUGUACAGACUUUCAUCCUACUUCAUGGCUAGAUCAGUAGGAGACCUUCCCAUGGAGCUUGUUCUCCCAACCAUCUUUGUCAUCAUAACCUAUUGGAUGGGAGGACUUAAGUCCACACUAUGGAACUUCUUAGAGACCUUGUCCGUUUUAUUACUAAGCGUAAUGGUUACUCAAGGCAUGGGACUUGCUAUUGGUGCAUUGGUAAUGAACCUUAAGUCUGCUACCACCCUUGGAUCUGUCAUAGUGCUCACUUUUCUUCUUGCGAGUGGGUAUUAUGUACAACAUGUCCCAGCCUUCAUAGCAUGGAUUAAAUUCAUCUCUGUUAGCCAUUACACCUACAAGCUAUUAUUGGAAUCACAAUUUAAGACUAAGGAAACAUACCGAUGCGGCACCAACACUACUUGCUUGAUCGGAGACUUUCCAGCCAUAAAGAUGGUAGGGCUUGAUCAGACUGCCAUCUCUAUUGUUUCCUUGUUCUUGAUGCUUAUAGGUUAUAGGGUGAUCGCUUAUAUUUCUCUCAUGAGAAUCGGAGUGCCCCGUUGGAGAUGUUAAACCCUAAACUAUAUUAAUUCAAACAGUUAUGUGCUUCUCAGUCCAUCUACUCGGUGAACAUAAACAUACAAGGGAGACUGAAUGCUGAUAAAAGGUAGUGAGGGAUUUAGAUUUAGAUGUUUUCGGUUGACUUAAGAGACUUUUUUUUGUUAGAAGGUUUCUUUGUAUACAAUUUCACUUGUAUUUGUCUUUUAGAUUAGACAAAAUAUUGAAGAAACAAUAAGAGAUACAUUUUUA